AUUUAGCAACCAGAAAGGCUGUCUCUGCCUGGUCAGAUGGGCCUCAGAAGCAGCAGUGGCUGCUGGGCCUGCCCUGUAGCCCCAGAAGGGCACUCUCCCCAUGAUAAGCUCACAUCUGGGGUGUUCACCUAUAACUGCCCCCAGGCAAAGGCCUGGAAGUGUCUGUGGCCAUAAGCCUUUUAGAGGAGAGGUUUGGACUCAAACACCUUUCUGGCAUCCCACUGGGAAUCAUACUCAGCCAAGAAUCCAAGCCCAGAUAGGGGAUAUAUAGGGAGCUAGCACGGGCUGGCUGGCAGACAACUUUUCCCAAGAUUUUCCUUUCCAGCAAUUAGCUGAUUAAUCAAGUGCUCAGAGCACCCAGGGUUCCUACUCAGCCUUGCUGCUUCCCUGCUCUGUGACCUGGGGCAAGCUCCUCAACCUCUCUGAGCCUCAGCUCAUCAUGUGGCAGACUAAACCCAAACCCAGAUGUGAUUGUUACACAGUUUAAAAUGAAAUAAUGUAAAGUACAAUGCCCAGCCUGUAGGAACCUUCGGAGAACUGUACCAUUUGUCCCUGGGUGAGAGCCCGACUGAGUCGCUUGCCCCUCUGCCCCCCGGCACAGGAGUCCCCCAGGCACCAGGGGCUGGGACAGAAGAAGUCAGGAGUCCUGGGCAGGGGUGAGUGGAAGAGGUGCAGACCAGCCUUGGUCCAUACUCAGUGCCCCUGUAGUGAUGGGUUGGUUAUAUUUGGCCACCAGCCUCAGGAUUUAAUUAAGUUAGUGAUAAACCCAAAUGUGUCUCUAGGGAGCCAGGAGCUGUCCCUGGCUUCCUCUGCCUGUAGAUUAAUUUUUGUUUUUCCUUCUUUUGUUGUUUCUUUUUUCCUCUUCCCCCCUCCCCUUCUUCUUCCCAAGGAAGAAAAAAAAAAGCCUUAUUUAUUAUCAUUUUCCCCACUGUUGGCAUGGCAACACAGGCGUACGUUACUGAGCUACAGGCAGCCCCGCAACCCUCCCAGCCGCCACAGGCCCAGCCACAGGCCCAGCCCCAGCCACCACCACCACCACCACCACCAUCAGCGGCACCUCAGCCCCCCCAGCCACCUGCUACCACCGCUACCCCCCAGCCCCAGUACGUCACCGAGCUGCAGAGCCCCCAGCCCCAGGCGCAGCCACCGGGCAGCCAGAAGCAGUAUGUGACGGAGCUCCCGGCUACUCCCACGCCCUCACAGCCGGCUGGCACACCUGCCCCGUCCUCCGUGUCCCAGCAGUACAUCGUGGUCACCGUCUCCGAAGGUGCCAUGCGGGCCAGCGAGACUGUGUCGGAGGCUAGCCCAGGCUCCACGGCCAGCCAGACUGGAGUCCCCACCCAGGUGGUUCAGCAGGUGCAAGGCACCCAGCAGCGGCUGCUGGUCCAGACGAGUGUGCAGGCCAAGCCAGGUCACAUGUCACCCCUCCAGCUCACCAACAUCCCUGUGCCCCAGCAGGCUCUCCCCACGCAGCGGCUGGUAGUGCAGAGCACAGCUCCAGGUGUCAAAGCAGGCCAGGUCUCCCUGACGGUGCACGGCACCCAGCAGGUGCACUCACCCCCUGAGCGGUCGCCAGUGCAGGCCAACAGCUCCUCCAGCAAGACGGCUGGGGCCCCCACGGGCACGGUACCACAGCAGCUGCAGGUCCACGGCAUCCAGCAGAGUGUCCCUGUCACCCAAGAGAGGUCUGUGGUCCAGGCCACUCCACAGGCACCCAAAGCCAGCCCAGUGCAGCCACUCACAGUGCAGGGGCUCCAGCCAGUCCAUGUGGCUCAAGAGGUGCAGCAGCUCCAGCAGGUACCUGUCCCACAUGUGUACUCCAGCCAAGUGCAGUAUGUGGAGGGUGGCGACGCCAGCUAUACAACCAGUGCCAUCCGUUCUAGCACCUAUCCCUACCCCGAGACGCCACUGUACACACAGACAGCAGGCACCAGCUACUAUGAGGCUGCAGGCACGGCCACCCAGGUCAGCACGCCUGCCACCUCCCAGGCAGUGGCCAGCAGCGGCUCCGUGCCCAUGUACGUGUCUGGCAGCCAGGUUGUCGCCAGCCCCACCAGCAGCGGGGGCGGGGCCAGCAACAGCAGCAACGGUGGCAGUGGUGGCAGUGGAGCCAGCGGUGGGGGCAGUGGUGGUGGCAGCAGUGGCAGCAGCAGCGGAGCAGGCACCUACGUGAUCCAAGGUGGCUACAUGCUGGGCAGUGCCAGCCAGUCCUACUCCCACACCACCCGUGCCUCACCAGCUACUGUCCAGUGGCUCCUGGACAACUAUGAGACGGCCGAGGGCGUGAGCCUACCACGGAGCACCCUCUACUGCCACUACCUGCUGCACUGCCAGGAGCAGAAGCUGGAACCCGUCAAUGCUGCCUCCUUUGGCAAGCUCAUCCGCUCUGUCUUCAUGGGCUUGCGCACCCGCCGUCUAGGCACCAGGGGCAACUCCAAGUACCACUACUAUGGCCUGCGCAUCAAGGCCAGCUCGCCCCUGCUGCGGCUGAUGGAGGACCAACAGCACAUGGCCAUGCGAGGCCAGCCCUUCUCACAGAAGCAGAGGCUCAAACCCAUCCAGAAGAUGGAGGGCAUGACCAAUGGUGUGGCCGUGGGGCCACAACAGGCCACCGGGCUGUCAGACAUCAGUGCGCAGGUCCAGCAGUACCAGCAAUUCCUGGAUGCCUCGAGGAGCCUCCCUGACUUCUCAGAGCUCGACAUCCAGGGCAAAGUGCUACCCGAGGGCAUCGGGCCUGGGGACAUCAAGGCCUUCCAGGUCCUGUACCGGGAACACUGUGAGGCCAUCGUUGACGUCAUGGUGAACCUGCAGUUCACCCUGGUGGAGACACUGUGGAAAACCUUCUGGAGGUACAACCUCAGCCAGCCCAGUGAGGCACCACCUCUGGCCGUGCAUGACGAGGCAGAAAAGCGGCUACCCAAGGCCAGCUUGGUGCUGCUAUCCAAGUUUGAGCCCGUGCUGCAGUGGACCAAGCACUGUGACAACGUGCUAUACCAGGGCCUGGUGGAGAUCCUUAUCCCCGAUGUGCUGCGGCCCAUCCCCAGUGCCUUGACCCAAGCAAUCCGGAACUUUGCCAAGAGCCUGGAAAGCUGGCUCACCCAUGCCAUGGUGAACAUCCCUGAGGAGAUGCUGCGGGUGAAGGUGGCAGCUGCUGGCGCCUUUGCGCAAACCCUGCGGCGCUACACGUCACUUAACCACUUGGCGCAGGCGGCGCGCGCUGUGCUGCAGAAUACAGCGCAGAUCAAUCAGAUGCUGAGCGACCUUAACCGUGUGGACUUCGCCAACGUGCAGGAGCAGGCCUCGUGGGUGUGCCGCUGCGAGGACCGCGUAGUGCAGCGGCUGGAGCAGGACUUCAAGGUGACACUGCAGCAGCAGAACUCACUGGAGCAGUGGGCGGCCUGGCUGGACGGCGUCGUGAGUCAAGUGCUCAAGCCCUACCAGGGCAGCGCCGGCUUUCCCAAGGCCGCCAAGCUGUUCCUCCUCAAGUGGUCCUUCUACAGCUCCAUGGUGAUUAGGGACCUGACCCUGCGCAGCGCAGCCAGCUUCGGCUCCUUCCACCUCAUACGGCUGCUCUACGAUGAGUACAUGUACUACCUGAUCGAGCACCGAGUGGCCCAGGCCAAGGGCGAGACCCCCAUUGCUGUCAUGGGCGAGUUCGCCAACCUGGCCACCUCGCUGAACCCUCUAGACCCCGACAAAGAUGAGGAGGAGGAAGAGGAGGAGGAGAGCGAGGACGAGCUGCCACAGGAUAUAUCGCUGGCGGCCGGUGGCGAGUCUCCCGCGCUGGGCCCGGAGGCCCUGGAGCCUCCAACCAAGCUUGCCCGGACAGACGCGCGAGGCCUCUUCGUGCAGGCGCUGCCUUCCAGCUAACCCCCUGGCCUCCCUUGUCCCGCUCCCCGCCCCCUCCGCUCUCCACUCUAGGGUCCCUCACAGCUUCUGUGGCUUCGCUGUCCCCACUCCAGCCUCUGCCAGGGCGGGGAGGGGGCCUCCUAGACAGGGAAGGCAAGGGGGUCCCUGCCCCGGACGGGUCCGGCACAAUCACAGGGCCGGGUGAAGCCACAGCUGCAAACUGACACAAAAGACGUGCCUUAAGGAACCCGAUGCUGUGCCCAGGUGCCCUUUGGGGCAGCAGCCUGGCCCCUUGACCCGGAAGGCAGCAGCCUCUCCCUCCCCGCCCUCAGGGGGCAGGCAGGCAGGCCCCCCUACCCUGUUAACUUAUUCAGCUCGCUGGCUUUGCACAGCCUGUCCUGGGCCCAGCCCUGAGCCCCGGGUGGGCACAGGUGGGCAUCACCUAGGGACCGCCCCUACUGUCAGCAGCAGCCCUGGGACCCCUCCCCCAGCAACCCCACUGCUCCCUCCUCCUUGGUAUAAGUGCAAUUAAAGCCGUGGGUGUCGCAUCUUCUCUAGAGCUGGGUCCUCCCUUGCCCCAUAGCCCUGGAAGGGGGCACUGCCCGGCCUGGCUCUAGCGAGGGCCACAGGGGGCACCACCUCCAGCUUCCAAAGAGCAGUGGGCUGGGCCUGGUGCCGGAGCCCGGAGGGGCCUGCUGCAGGCAGCAGGGCCUGUAAGUGGCCUGCUCCGUCAAGGCCUGGGCUCCACUCGCUCAGAUCCAAGACCCCCACAUCCCACAGCUGGUUUGUAAUGGAACCUCCGUGCUUCUCCCUGCUGUGCGCCGCCCCCCACAUGACUAUUGUGCGAUUUGUGAGUGCCACCCAAGCGGGGUCGGUAACUUGGGUUUUUUUCCAACCAUCAUGGCCUUAUCUGUUCCAGUUUUCUCAGUGUUUUCAACCUGUGAGAUAGAUGUUUAUGGCAAAAAUCACAAAAAAAGAAAAAAAAACACAACUGACUUAUUGUAUAAAAAUCACUAUUUUGUGUGCUCCGCAGUGCUGCAAGCUUUUGGGGUGGCCGCCCACUCCCCUCCACGCCCUCCGGCCUCCCCUCCCAGCAGUGAAAGUGUGGUAGUCUAGUGUGCCAAGCGUUUUCUACCUUUUUGUAGUCUUUCUUAAACAAUAAACUCUGCUGUGAUA